GUCAAUCUGACCAGUUAUUUGAUUAAAUAAAUUUAUAAUUUUUUUUUAAAAUAUUGACUAAGUCUUUAUGUUUUCAGUUAUUAUGUAUUUUAAAUGAAAUCUAUUGUACAGAAACGUCAAAAAAAUUUGUCAAAAAAUGUUUUAUUCGGCUUAGGACCAAAUAUGUGCUAUGUAAAUUAUAAUCCUCCUAGAAUAUUACCUAUGAAUCAAUACCAAAUUAAAAAAUUGAUCAAAGAAGGCAACGUACAGAGUUUAGAAGAAAUGUUACUAAAUGGUGAAGGAUAUAAAUUGAUUGGUCACUAUUCAGUGAAUCCUAAAAUUAAAAUAUUUUUACAAUCAGUUCCAAUAUAUAUAGCUCGGAUUGAUAUGUUGCAAGACUCUGCAUGCAAAGGAAACUUAAGAGAUAUGCAAGUUUUAUUAAAAAAUGGAAAUUCGACCAGAAACAUUUAUAAAAUUACACCUACGAAAUUAGUUUGCAGUAAAGAUUUAAACGGAGUAACUGUAUUACACAAGGCCGUGUAUUAUGACUUUUUAGAUAUUAUUGAGUGGCUUGUUAAGAACUAUCCUCAAACGGUUCAUAUUAAGGAUAAAACUUUGAGAAUUCCAUUACAUUAUAUAUGUUCCUGUUCAGAAGUUACAAGAAUUUGGGAUUUAAUGUUGGAAGCUGGUGCUGAUCCUAAUACAUUGGAUAUAAAUAAUAAGACACCGUUGUAUUAUUUAGAGUAUAGUGAGAAUAUAACACUACCUAAUAAUUCAAAAAGUGAAUGUUUAGAUCAAGACGUUCCAAUAAAACUUUCUAAUAUUAGGAUUUGGAUACAUGAGCGUAAUAUAAAACAACUUGCAAAGGUGAUUUGGUCUGGCAAUGGAGAUAAGUUAUUAACUGAAACUAGCAAACAAACAUCUGUAAACAAGUUUUUGAAAGCUGUGCCACAUAUAAUGGGUAUCAUCAAAGAAAUUCAUAAAGCUGUUAUUGACGAUAACCUUACAUUGUUAAAAAAACUGAAUCGUGAACCUGUCCCUGAAGACAUUUUAUCUAGUAAAGAUAAAAAUGGAUUAAAUCCAUUGCAUAAGGCAACAGGAUUGGGUCGGCUUGAAAUUGUUGAUUUCAUUUUAUCUAAAAACUCGAAAAUAGUGAAUAUGAGAGAUAACGAUGGUAGAACACCUCUACAUUAUGUUUUUAUUGCACCAUCAAAAAAUAUUACACCAAUUUAUAACAGACUUAUUAAAGCUGGAGCAAAUGAAAAUUUAAUAGAUAAGAAUGGAAGAACUCCUAAGUCUGAUGGUGUGAAGAUCAACGAUUUCCCAAUUGAUUUAUUAACUGUUUUACCUAAAGCACCAAGAAUUGCAUCGGAGUUUCCUGCUUCUUGGGAUUGGAAUAUUUUUAAUGAUAAUAUCAAUAAAGAUAAAUCGGUUAACAAAUCAAAAAUUAAAAGCAUGUCUAUUGAAGAUUCAAGAGCAAAUGUUCUUCCAACUUCAACUGCAUUAAAAGAUAUUACAAAAAAUAGUGUUGAUAUUAACAACAAACAAAAUAUUAAUAUUGAAAAUACCAAUAAUGUCGAAAAUGUUUUUAAAUGUGAAGACAAAGAAAAAAAACAUUAUGAAAAUGAAAAUAAAGAUCAUAUAUCUUUAUAUCCAAAAUCUGAACUAGAAAAUAUCAGUCAUAAUAGUGAUAAUGUUUAUAAAAAAGAAGAUAAAGAAAAAAAAAAUUAUGAAAAUGAAAAAAAAGAUCAUGUACCUUUGUAUACAAAAUCUGAACCAGAAAAUAUCAAUCAUAAUGUUUAUAAUAAUGAAAUUAAAGAAAAUAAUGAUCCUGGUAAUAAGGAUAAAAAUUAUUCGUUUUUGCAUACUUCAUCAAAAGGAGAAGAUAUUUGUGAUAAAAGUGACACUGUCUCAAAAUCUAAUAAUUUUACUUUGGGAGAAGUUAGACAAGCUUUGAAUAAUGGAAUGUUGGAUGAUAUUUUACCUAUGGGUGGCCCAGUUUAUCGAGUUAAUAGUUCGAAAGAUACAAACAAUAUUGGACUUUUUGUUAAUGAUAGUCAGGAACGCCAAAAUUCAGCUCAAAAAAUUGUAAAUAAAGGUGAUUUAAAUAAAAUUGCUGAUUAUAUAUUGAAUGGUAAAUAUGAAAAGUUUAUGACUUUAAAAUCUGAUAUGAUAGAAGUUCAAGAUUUCCUUGAUAAAAUACCAUUUUAUGUAAAUAAAAUUGACCAGAUUCAUCGUUGCUGUGCUAUAGGAGACUUGGAUGGACUAACACAGGUUCUAGAUCGAAGAAAGUUCUGUUUAGCUCGUGAGUCUAAAAGUGGACUAGGACUAACUCCUUUGCAUAUAGCAGUGAUUUACGAACAAUUAGAUGUGUUUGAAUACUUAGCAAAUAAUUUUCCGGAAACUUUAAAACUUACUGACUCUAAUGGCUGGACCCCAGUGGAUUAUGCGAAAUUUAUGCCAAACAAGACAUUUUUAGAUAAAUAUUUGGAAACAGCAAGUCAUUUUGAGGUACUUCAAACUGAUUACCAUACGCCGUUAAAUGUUAGAAAUAAUGACGCCAUAUUCGAACCAAAGAAGAUACGCAAUGCUUUAGGUUACACAAUGGAUGUAAAAAAAAUCAGUGAUAUAGAAAUGGACGAAUCUUCUAAUGGCUCUGGAAAAUUACUCUCAACGGUUAUGAGUCCGAGUAAAUUUACCGUUGAAGACAGAGAAUACUUGACUAAAGCCAUCGGAAAGCCACUUACCUCUGGAUUGAAUGAACUAAUAAAACGUCGACCUUCUAACCCCACACUUUAUUUAGCUGAACAUUUGACUAAUCAUUUCGACGAUUUGCAAUCAGAUCAAGAAAGCGAAGUGUUGUCACCCGACGAUCAGUUACAAGGUAUGUUAAUUGAUGAUCGAUCGUUACUUGGGGGAAAUGUAUCCAAACCAUGGGAUUUAUUCAGUAAUUAUUAUCCAGAGUUCAAAAUAAUUAGUCGAGAUGAAUUUGGAAUGAGCAUGAUACAUUAUGCUGCAUCAAGAACGCAUAACCGUAAUGCUUUUUUUCAAUUAUUGCAAGAGCUUGAUGUAAACAUUGGACUACGAGAUGAAAAUUAUAGAACACCUAGAGAUAUUGCUAUGAGUUCGAAUAUUAGGGAAAAUGUGAAAAUCAUCGAUAAAUACGUGGUUCAUAUUAUAGCUAGAGGCGAAUGUAACAAAGUUAUUCAACUUUUAUUGGAAGGGUAUAAUCAUAUAUUAGAUUUAGACACCGAUAAGGACAUUUUAACAUUGCCAUCGAGUAGAGGUCAUUCUCACAUAACUACUAUAUUACAAUGUAUACCAAUGUUUGAAGAAAAGCGAAAACAACUCCAUAUAGCUAUACGUUUUGGAGCUCAAAGUCAAGUUGAAGACAUUUUGCAAGAACGAAAUGAUGAAUCUGUUAUGUUGGCUAUGGCAAAAAAUGAACGAAGUCGUUGUAGUUUACAUAUAGCCGUGUUAAGUCAAAACGAGAAAAUCGUACGAUUUUUAGCUAAAAAUUUCCCUUCUACAUUGACUGUACUUGAUAAUAUUGAACGAACAGCGCUGCAUUAUGCAAUGUCCGUUGACCAAGUGGAAGUAAUGAGUACAAUUUUAAUAGGAUGUGGUGCUAAACGUACAGCUAAGGAUCUGAAAGGCAGACAACCGAGUUAUUAUUUCAUGAAUAAAUUUGAUAUUCAAAAAUUACGUGAAGAAGAAAAUGAAUUGCGACUAUAGACUUUCUAAAACAAAGAACAAUGUUGAUGAAGUUCAUAUAAUUAAAUUGAUAAAACCUUGAAGUAUUAAGUUUGUUACUAUGUUAAAAUGUUAAAACAUGUAUUUAGGGAUUUGGAUGUGGGAUUAUGUAAAAAAUUGAAUUACUGAAUUGUAUUAAUAAUAUGCAAAUAACUAAAUAAUA